CUUUUUAGACGCACGCCUUGUCACACUGACUUACAUUUCCUUCUCAGACAAGGCCAUUGGUCCACAAGGCCAGUGUUAUUGCCGCCCCAUCUUGGCCUCGUCUGUCGAAAAUAGCCUAAGAUACUUCGUAUAAAAGCCCAGAAUUCUCUGCCUUUUCCUUUGUCAAUUCUUCGUCUCACUAUCGAAUCAUCAAACUGCUCGCGACCUGCAUCUUAUACAAUGCCCUUUUCCACUGAUGGAGUGUAUACUAUCAAGAACAUUGCCAGAGACCUCAUGCUUGAUCUGAAGGAAGCCGAUACCACUGAAGGCAACCAGGUUCACGGCCUCGUCAGAGAUGACACCGCGGAUCAACAGCAAUGGAUAAUCAAGAGACAUUACGUGUCAGGGUCCUCGAGCAAAAUUUUCACCAUUCAGUCCUUUAUCAACGGCACCAAUGGAAAUGGAUUCUUUGCUGCUGCGAACCAGGAUUCGGAUGAACCGAUCGUUUACACCACGCAGGCGUUUAUCGUUGAACUUGUUCCACGGGCGGAUAGUACCUAUACCAUUAGAUACACCGUCGGGGACGAUAACCUGGUGUUAUCCAUUCCAAGUCCGAGGCGCGGUGAAGUGAAACUCGAGACUUACGUCCCAGGAACUCCCCACCAGCAGUGGCAAUUAACCCGUGUUUCUGAUCUCCAAUCAUUUGCCUAGUUUUCGCCACUAGGUAACACCAUGAG